AUGUUGUUUAGCCCCGCCAUCAGUGAGGCGGAGAUAAGGGCGGUACAGGACGGAAUCGCAAAUGACGUUCGUGGCGACGGGCGGACGCUGACGCAGCGGCGGCCAUUCACAAUCCGGACAAACUACAGCGCGGGUGCCUCAAUUGUGGAUGUCGAAUACGACGGUAGUUGCGUGGAAGUGCAGUGCGGCGCCACUACCGUUGUGGCUGCAGCAACUCCAUCUAUCAUUGAAUUGAGUGAGAGCGGUGAGGCGGCGCCAAGAAAAAGGAUGCGUGGUCCAUUGUUCAUCAGCAUUGAUGCUGUGCCUGCUGUUGUGGACUAUUACGCACAGGCUCUGCGUAACCGCGGGGGACGUUACCGUCUUGCAUUUCUUUCUUUUUUGGCCACAACUAUUAGUCAGACCUUUGGCGCAGAGGGGGUGACUGUGCGGGAGCAGCUGGGCUUGGCAGAGGCAGAAAUUAUCGACGAUGGUGAUGAUGAUGACGCCGCAACAACCGCUGGUGGUGUAAAUGAGGAAGGAGCGGGUGGGGGGUUGCGGCAAGGCAGAUUCCCUGCGGAGGAGGAGGGCGAUAGUGGUGGUGGAUUUCCGGGAGAGGAACUGUACAUUGGUGGGGGCUACGCGUUCCGCAUUGACGUGGACGUUCACGUGCUGCAGACUAACGACGGGAACCUUCCAUCUAUCAUCUCUCUCGCUGUGCACGCCGCACUGAAGGCGGUGAAGUUGCCGUCUGUCACACUGCAUGAAACCUCUGGCGGAGUGUCGCUGGAGGUGGACCGCAGUAAACCCUUUCGUCGUCCCGUGGACUGGUCGCGGCUCCCUGUUCUGACCGUCCUGCUGAUAUCUCCCACGCGGCAUUACGUCGUGGAUCCCACUCCCUUGGAGGAACUUGCAUUACCGCAACAACUGCACCUGGCUAUGAAUGCGGCAGGACACGUGUGCUACAUGCGUUACCAGCAGCUGCCGUCACGCCGCGGUAAUGCAUGGCGACAGGAGAAGGGUUGUCGUGAGCGGGGUGAGCUGGACGACACGGCGGGGUCCUUCCUUCCUGCUGGCAUGAACGUGCCGGAUUUGGCUGCCAUGCUGCACGAUGUGUCUUAUAUCUGUCAGGCGACCAUCUCUGAGUGUGACGAGGCCCUCCAUAACAGCAGGUAA